UCAUUUUGGCAUUAAUUCAAAAGAAACCAUCAAUUCCUUUUUUUAUAAUUAACCCAAAGAGGAGGAAAAUGAGCUCUUUUGUUCAAGCUUUGAUUUCGAUGGUAUUAUCAACAACUUUAUUAUGCUUUGUGCGUAGCGCUCCUCAGGUACCUUGUUAUUUCAUAUUUGGUGACUCAUCAAUGGAUAAUGGAAAUAACAACCACCUGGUUACGACGGCAAAAGCCAAUUACCCACCAUAUGGAAUUGACUUUCCCAAUGGUUCUACGGGGAGAUUUUCAAAUGGUCGAAAUACUGCAGAUGUUGUAGCUCAACUACUCGGUUUUGAAAACUUCAUUCCACCUUUUGCAACAGCAAGACGUGAAGAAAUCGUUCGAGGGGUAAAUUAUGCAUCAGGUGCUGCUGGAAUUCGUGAUGAAACCGCUGAACACAUGGGUGGUAGGAUAUGCAUGAAUCGGCAACUAACAAAUCAUGCAAUCACAAUUUUGCGACUAGUCAACUUGAUUGGUAAUGGGAGUUUAGCCAAAGUUCAACAACACCUCAACAAAUGCAUAUACACCGUUGCAAUGGGCAAUAACGACUACAUUAACAAUUACUUUUAUCCAAAAUACUAUCAAACAAGCAUCUUAUACACGCCAGAGCAGUAUGCCAAAAUCCUCAUUAAACAAUAUUCCAAACAGUUAUCUAAACUGUAUAAAUAUGGAGCAAGAAAGUUUGGGAUACCUGGAGCUGGAUACAUAGGUUGUACACCAGCAAUGAUGAAGAGGUUUAAGACAAAUACAUGUGUGGAUGCUGUAAAUGGAGCUAUUAUACAAUUCAAUGCCAAGCUUGUUACUGCUCUUGGUGAGCUCGAGAGCAAACUCUCUGGUUCAAAGUUCAUCUUCAUUGACCCUCCUCAGGGAUAUUCCAGUGAUUUCAAUGUUACUGACAAACCUUGUUGCAAUAUCUCCACCACAAUCGGCGAAGGGCAAUGUGUCCCCAAUGAAAUCCCAUGUGGUGCAAGGAAAAACUACCUCUUUUGGGAUGGAUUUCAUACUACCGAGAGUAUUAGCCUUAUAGACGGAGCAAAGGCAUACGCGACCCUCUCACCAUUCUAUGCCUCUAAGACUAAAUGAUCAUUUCCAAUAUUGACAGUCUAGCAAUCAAGAAAGAAAUUGAUGUGUAGCAUCAAGUUGAUUAUUACUUGUUGGACUAAAAUAAAAAGCAAUAUUCUAGUGUUUAUCUAUCAAAUAUCAAUGUUGCUUUAUCACUAUCAAUAAUUAAAUAAUGGACAAACAUCUAAUAUAAAACGUAUGGCUUGUGAUGCUUUCCAAUUUGA